AUGCCAAUACAGCCAAUUCAAGGUGCUUUCAAGAGAAGAGUCUUGAUUGAUAUUGUAACCGGUAUUAGUAUCGGCGGUUGUUUAGCGUCAUAUUGGUGGUGGGGUUUCCAUAUGGAUAAAAUUAACAAAAGAGAAGAUUUCUAUGCUAAGUUAGCUGAAAGUAAGAAACAAAAAGAUUAA